AUGGUACACUACGAUGACAGUCCCGUUACACUCAUGUCAGAGGCGACAGCACAAUUCCACAUCGCACCAGACAAGGACUCUCUAACACGCGUCUCCGGCUCCCUUCACGCGCUCGCCAGCGCACGUCAAUCCCGAAUCGAUCAUCAAUCAUCAGUCCUUAGCUCCCUCAGUAGACGGCUCAAUAACCUCAAAGGCCAAUACUCAUACGAAGAAGAACGCCACGAUGCCGGCAAACAUGCGUCAGAAAUGCUCAAAAUGGACACGGAAAAGUUCAAGAUCGCAAAAGGCGUCAACGAUGCGGAGAUUGAGAGUGAGAGAUUGAGUGGAGAGCUUGCAGCGUUGAAACAGCAGCUACAGACGUUGGAGAAGGAAGGUGUCGAGGGUGGCGCGAGGGGGAAGACGAGUGAGGAGAGAGAGGACGAGAUUGUGUUGAAGUUGCAGUUCUAUCGAAGUCUGGGGAUCGACGCAACACAGGAUUUGAGUACGGGAGAGUACAACCGGGCGAUCAUUAGGAAUUCRGCACGAGGAGAUGUCAAUGUCGUGAACGUGGAUGGGACGAUGGGACAGAGUUUCUACUCAAACAUGUUCUGGGACAGUCUUUGA